GAAGUCCUGUGCCUACAGAGGCCAUUGGUGUGGUUGUGUGUUGGAAUAGUUAUGUUCUGUGGCCGCGCUUUAUGAAACCAGCGUGGUGUUCCAACAGAGAAAAACUGCACACCAUUUUGUGGCCUGCACAUCAAUCUUGAUGUUCCUUUGGGUUUUGCCCACGUUCACGGUUUUCUGAGUGGUCUUUGACAGUGCUGCUGCUUUUAGGCGUCAGUGUUGUGCCUUCCCUUUUUCUUUUUAGUGGGAACGUUCCUCUUCCCAAGGUGUGGUAAACUUAAUGUCCAAAGCCUAUGAGAAAUGGAAUGUUUCUCAGUUUUUGCACUGUUCUGUCUGUGCUGGAAAUGUCGGCAUGUACCUGAUUCUUAAGUUUAUUUUGGGUGGCCAUGCCCUCUGGGCUGCCAACGUUUUUGGCCAAUGCAUUUAAUGGGACAGCGGGUAGCCGUUAAUGCAACAGUUUUAUUAAUUGUUACCAAGAGCGUUUACACAAUUUACUUUUUUCCACUGUUGCUAUUGGACCAGGACAAAACUGUGCUGUCACUUUCCUGGUGUCUCCAACCUGUUUCACGCUACGACCUCCUUUGUUGCACUGGUGUUUGGCCAGCAAAUCCCCGCAACGGCGUUAAUACCUCUCUGGGGCAAAGACUCCCGGUAACGGUGCCUCUCACUGCAGGGCAGCCCUGGGGCAGGCAGCGCCCUGGCUAUGGGUGGUGAAGACCUCGCGCAGGCUAGCGGGCGCGCCCUGGUCCUAUGGGUGGGCCGGGCUUGGAGCGCCGUUGCUGGGCAGGUGCGCGGCUGGAGGCUCUUGUGUUGGGCGAAACCAGGCAGCGGAGGAAGGCCGGGAAUUGGAAAAGGCACAAGCCAGGCCCUGAGCUAGGCCCAGUGGAGAUGACAGUGAAGUUGGGGGACACCGGCAGCGGGGAGGAAGGGCUUAAGAAACUGGGCAAGAGAUCAGCCGAUGAGGAGUCCCUGGAAGGAGAGGGGGCCGGCGGCACAGACGCGGCCGAGGACGGCAGUGGCACAAAGAGGGACGAACCGACCUCUCGGGCCGAGGGCGCCCCCGCAGCCCCCGGAGGGCCACAAGCGCCAUCCCCACCACAGGGCAGCCCCCAGGACCAGCACCACUUUCUCAGGUCCAGCGUGCGGCCACAGAGCAAGAGGCCCAGAAAGGACGUGUCCUGCGUGGUGGGCAGUGGCCCCAGUAGCUCUGGACCUCGAGUAAAAGGAACCGACAGUGGUGGGCCAUCGUCUGGAAAUGUGUCUGGGGUUGCCCCUGCAGGGGGCUCGCGCUCUUCCUCCCGAAACAUAGGGUCUUCAGGGGCUGAGAAGGAAGAAGGCAAAAAGGUCCGGCGGCAGUGGGAGUCAUGGAGCACAGAGGACAAAAAUACCUUCUUCGAGGGACUGUAUGAGCAUGGAAAAGACUUUGAAGCAAUUCAGAACAACAUUGCUCUGAAAUACAAGAAGAAGGGCAAGCCUGCAAGCAUGGUAAAGAACAAAGAGCAAGUCCGGCACUUCUACUACCGUACCUGGCACAAGAUCACCAAGUACAUUGACUUUGACAAUGUGUUCUCACGAGGGCUUAAGAAGUCAUCCCAGGAGCUAUAUGGUCUCAUCUGCUAUGGCGAACUGCGCAAGAAGAUUGGGGGCUGUAUGGAUGACAAGAAUGCUACGAAGUUGAAUGAGCUCAUUCAGGUUGGGGCUACUACAGUACGAUACAAAGGAAGAAACCUGCGGAUCAAAGCACCCAUGUGCCGAGCCCUGAAGAAGCUUUGUGAUCCUGAUGGCCUGAGUGAUGAAGAGGACCAGAAGCCAGUGCGCCUACCCUUAAAAGUCCCUGUAGAGCUACAACCACGGAACAACCAUGCCUGGGCCCGCGUGCAGAGCCUUGCCCAGAACCCACGCCUCAGGAUGAUUGUGGAGCUGCAUAGAAAGGUCUCCAGCCUCAUUGAGUUCUUGAAGCAGAAGUGGGCACUCCAUGAAGUGCGAAUUCGGAAGACCCUUGAAGAGGGGCAGCUGCAGGGCAUGAACCCUGCGCAGAUGCAAGAGAAGGUUACACUUCACCUAUUCCCAGGCGAGAACUGCACACUAACACCGCUGCCUGGUGUGGCUCGCGUGGUGCACUCCAAGGCCUUCUGCACAGUGCACUGGCAGGAGGGUGGCCGCUGCAAGCAGAGUGCCAAGGACAACCAUUCGCUGCCCCCAGCCCAAAUCCUGGGCAUCCAAAGUGGGCAGGGUACAGCCCGGGGCCAGGUGAAGUGCCCAAGGGGCAGCACUGAAGGCAAGGGUGGGGGGCGGCCCCCUCCCACCACUGAUACUUCACAGAGCUCUGGAGAGAGUUCCCCUGAGAGUGCCCUUGGGGAGGGGGCCACCCCUAGUCUGAGCAGCCCGGAUGCUCCCGACAGGCCUCUCCUAGGGCACCAGGACUCCCUGCUGCAUCUUGAGAAAACUCCUGCAGUGCCUCCUCCAGAGGGUGGGGAUGGUCUUGCUGGAGAUCCAGGGUCCCUGCUGUGUGCCUACAGCCAGCUCCCAGACCUGGAGGACGAACUGUCACUCCUCGACCCCUUGCCCCGCUAUCUGAAGUCCUGUCAGGACCUCAUCAUCCCUGAGCAGUGCCGCUGUGCAGAUGCUCGGCCCAGGAGUGAGCAGCCUCCACUGGGCAGGGCCACCUCCCCAGAGACUCUUGUCCUCAAUGGCAGAGAAGCUGCCAACCUUGCUAUCUCUGGCCCAGACCCUCAGUCUGGUCCUGGCCCUGGAUUCCUGCUGGAUGUUUGCACUAAAGAACCGGCAGACACAUCUACAGAGGAGCCCCAGGAGAAAGGGAGCCCCUCAGAGCCUCUGUUGCCUCAGGGACAGUCUACUUCCAGGCCCCCAAAGGAAGUCCCUGCAAGCCGGUUGGCCCAGCAGCUACGUGAGGAGGGCUGGAGCCUGCAGACCUCUGAAAGCCUUACACUGGCCGAAGUCUACCUCAUGAUGGGCAAGCCAAGCAAGCUGCAGCUGGAAUAUGACUGGCUGGCUGUGUUAGGUCCUGAGGGCCAAGCCUCUGGAGGGCAGGGCCGGGCCACCCGUCCAGGCUCCCCACCUACCACCCUCCAUGAGCAGCGCCUGCUGAGCUGCCUCUUGAAGCUCAUCUCAACAGAAGUCAACCCCAAGCUGGCUCCAGAAACAAAUGCCUCAGUGAGGCCUUCCCAGGAGGAACAGUCAGCAACUCCCCCAGGGAAAGUGGUAUCCAUCAGCUCCCGGAGCCCUCGUUGUCCUCGAAACCAGUCUGCCCUCCGCAGCAGCAAGACCUUCCCACCUAGUUCCACAUCUUGCACCCCAGGUUUAAGAAACCCCCCAAGACUCUUGGUGGCUGGUCCCUCCAGCACCGGAAGCAGUGACUCAGAUGGUGGCCUCUUUGCCGUCCCUACAACAUUACCGCCAAACAGCCGACAUGGAAAGCUCUUUUCACCCAGUAAAGAAGCCGAGCUGACUUUCCGGCAGCACUUGAACUCAAUUAGUAUGCAGUCAGACUUCUUCUUGCCAAAGCCUAGGAAACUGCGAAACCGGCAUUUGCGGAAGCCAUUGGUGGUCCAGAGAACACUGCUCCCUAGACCAUCUGAAAACCAGUCCCACAAUGUGUGUUCCUUCUCCAUCCUGUCUAACUCUCCCAUAGCUGGAAGAGGCUCGUUCCGGCCCAUCCAGUCUUCUCUGACCAAAGCAGCCCUGUCUCGGCCAAUUGUGCCCAAGGUCCUUCCAUCCCAGGCCACAAGUCACCUGGCUAGUGCAAUUGACCUAGCAGCUCAAAGUGCUGGCAUUAUCCCUGGAAGCCCCUUACCAGUCUUGGAGACUGAGAGUUUAUCUGGCAUAUCUCCACUGUCCUCAGAUGAGGUGACAGCUACCAUCUCAGGUCAGGACUCCACCGGACCCCACCAGAAUGGAGACACUGUCCCCACCGCGGGGGAUUCAAGCGACCCAUUCAUCAGCCUCCCCCCAAGGCCAGAGCAGGAGCCCGUGGCAGACAAUUUCCAGGGUUCAUCUGUUCUCUCCUUGUCUGAGCUGCCUAAAACUCCUCUCCAGAAUGGUCUGUGUACACCUUUAUCCUCAUCAGAGCGCUCCAGCACCCGGCUAUCCCCACCUAAUGUUUCUGCACUGCUGGACAUCUCUCUGCCUGGCCCACCUGAGGAUGUGCUUUCACAAGGAGAGCCUGCAACACAGAUCAGCGACUCCAUCAUUGAGAUUGCAAUUAGUUCUGGCCAGUUUGGUGAAGGAGUACCUCUUUCUCCGGCAAAGCUGAAUGGCAGCGACAGUUCCAAGAGCCUUCCCUCCCCAUCUAGCAGUCCCCAGCCCAACUGGAUUGCCUCUCCCACACAUGACCCCCAGUGGUACCCCAGUGACUCCACGGAUUCCUCACUUAGCAGCUUAUUUGCCAGCUUCAUCUCACCAGAGAAGAGCCGAAAGAUGCUCCCAACUCCGGUUGGAUCUAACAGUGGCACAUCCUUGCUUGGCCCCAGCUUAUUGGAUGGAAAUUCACGGGAUUCUUUUGUGUCCAGGUCCUUGGCUGAUGUUGCAGAGGUGGUGGAUUCCCAGCUGGCAUGCAUGAUGAACGAGAACAGCAUUGAUUAUAUAUCUCGGUUCAAUGACCUGGCCCAAGAGUUGUCUAUCACUGAGCCUGGCCGCCGAGAGGCUCUGUUUGAUAGUGGUGGAAGCGGCCCUUCUGUUGGUGACCUCUCACAGUGACUGCAUCUUGUAGGGAGAGUACCAUGAAUUUUAGAGAGAAAGCUUAGUGGACUGGCUAUCCUCACCUGUGGCAGAUGAAAUCCUCUUCAAUUUAGAGGAAGAAGGCAAGCUCAGAAUCCCCAGAAGACUGCCUCUCUGACCCUGAACUUGCAACAUCCAGGAGCAGCCAUCCCAGAACCCCCCCCCUCCCAGCAAGCAGGGACCAUAAUGAACUGAGCCAGUAUGACCUUUGAGAAGGGCCAGUAUCAGGAACUGCCCUAUCUUUGUCCUGGGACCUAUCCUGAGGUCUGCUAGGCUAUCUUACACUGCCUUCACUGUGGCGUUGGGUACCCCACCAGGCUUCGUUCUGAGAGAAUGAGUGUAAUCUGCCCUAGUUGUUACAUCCUGAAAGUUGUGACCUAAGGAAGAUACCAGGAUAUUGCUUUCUGACAUUCUUUUGCUCCACUUAGCCAUUCAUUUAUAAUGGUGAAGGGGACAAUGGGUAUAACCUGGGCUCCCAUGUGGUCCACACCCUGAGAUUGCAGACACUUCAAGAGAUUCCCUGAUCAUGGCCCAGAGAAGGACCCAAGGCAGUAUAAGCAGUGCUAUCUCCUCAGAAUACUGCUUCUACCUUAGUGAUUCCCCCACUAGAAGUUCUGUCCCGACUGAUACAACAGGAAGGGGAAAGGAAAUCAUGUCUUAUGCAGGUUGCAUGGAUGUUUUCUGGAUCAUAUUAAGCUGGUUGAAAAUGUAUUGUUUUUAAGAACUAGGAGAUAUAGAUAAGAACAGGAUUUUGUUUUCUCUGGGUCCCUAUGCGGGUUCAUUCUAGGUAAUUUUUAUUUGUUUCUACUAGGCUUGCCCCAAAGCACUAAUAUGACCACAGACAAGAUUGUCUUGUUUAGCCUUUUAUGUGUUGCUGUUUGCCAUUUGAGACAGAUCUACUUCUAUAGGGAAGGUUUUGUGUUCAGUGCUUUCCUUCUGUUGGUGUUGCAUUGGUUGUCCUUCACACGUUUAAUUAAUCCCUUGCACAUGCCUUUGCCUCCCAAGUCUCAAUGAUCUUAGGAAUUAGAUAUUCAAGUAUAGUCAGAGUUCACCAAUCCAUGGAUUCUGAUGACUCCCACCUGGAACCCAAUGGUGGCCAGUUAGAAAUGAAGUUGGUCCAUAUUCAGUCUUUCUCUAGAAGGGCCCAGUAUGGUAUCCUUUUUCUCUUCAACCUCAGGAGUUUCUAAGUGUGCAAAUCACCAGUUGCAUCUUAUGUGGCAGUGUUACGGAUAGAUAAUGUUCAUGUUGCCUUCUCAUUUGUUUACCAUCUAUUCAGCAGUCAGAAUUGUUAUUUCUUGCCCACCUGGACCUGAUAUUUCCUUUGCUUCCUUCUUCUACUAUCCCUUCACUUGCAUGGUUCCCCUUAAAACCAGACCUACCUCCUUGCUUUCUGUCUCCAUCUGUAAUGAUAAAAGGAACCAGUAUACAAGGAGGGGGAAAGGUGAGUGAUGUAAAUCUCCAUCUUGUUAUCUCACUGUCCCUCCUUGAGACUAUAGACAUCAGUUAGAGGAAAUACAGCAACAUUUCUAGAAAGUAGCUUCCUCCUUUGCCUCACAUUCUUCCUGGUGCUUUUCUCCUCCAAUUCUUCCCUCCACCCUUUUUGAAGUACUAGGGAUUAAACAUAGGACCUCCACAUUGAGCUAUUUCUCCAAGCAUUUCAUUCCACAUUUCAUUUUAUAGACAGGGUCUCACUAAAUUGCCCACGUUGGGCUUGAACUUGUGAUCCUAUCUCAGCCUCCCAGAGUGCUGGAAUUACAGGUAUGUACCACCACACUCUGUUCUUUCAAAUCUUGAAAGUCUGUGCUUCAGCCCUCUGACACUCGGUAGUCCCUACGAAAAGAAGAAAUAAGAACAGGAAUAUGACACCACUUUAUUAGCUGUAUUUAAACUAGAGUAUCUUGUGUUUUGUGCCUAAUGUCAGCUUCCUGAAGUUAGUACCAUAUUGAGCUGAAGAUCGCCACAGCUCUCUGGUCUGCAGUAGGUUAGGAUUCCAGGUUGAGUUUGAGCCACUGCUAACUUCCUUAUAGUCUCAGUCUGGGGCCUGAAAUGCUGGCGUUGUGCCCAAUGGCCACAUGCACUGUGCCAGGCAGUUCUGGUCCUAAGCUACUUCCCAUCAGGCAACCAUUAUUCUAUGAUCUCUAAAAAGAGCAUAAUUCUGGAGAUCAGAAACAGCUUUCACAGGCCUUUUAUUUGGCAGGACCACCUACCCUGGCAAACAGUGAGCUUGGUAGCUGCCAAUUACAGUUGUUGUCAUUCAGUGACAUGCAGAUAAGAGGAACAAGUAAGCUCAUCAUCUCUCUUGCAUUCAAGUCUGAUGGAUUCCAGAGAUUUUUGCAGUUUCUCUAGCAGCCAAACAGGUAUUGUCAUUUGCUUGCUAUAUUGAGGGAAAAACGCUGUCUUUGUAGCAGAGAAAACAGUAGAUGUCUUUUUCUCCCAGCUUAAGUGAAUAUUUAUUUAUAAAACACAGAACUGUUAAAGGAUGGAAUUUUCAAAAGACCGAGAUGCAGAAGCUUCCCAGGUUAACAAGUUCUGCCAUUCCAGCAGAGUUGUGGUGGUAAUCCAGUGUGAAGAACUGAUAGCCUUUGUGCAUUUGAGCACAUGUGGUUGAUACAAGAUCAAUUUCUUAGAAAAAUCUUUCCCUAAUCUAAUUUUUCUGCAACCUUUUUGCUGAUUCAUCUUUUUGAACGAUUGAAACCUAGUGUUUCUGGUGUCAGAGAAGUUGGUGUUUAACCUUUAUUGUGAAUACAUAGUAGUGAGCAUUCCAUCCUCAAGAAGUCACAGAGCCAUGUUGAAGUUCAUUUUUCCAUAUCCUGUAAGUUAGGCUGUUGGUCACAGAAUAGGCAUUUUUGGAGAGAUUUCAUCAGUUUCUCAAGCCUGGUUUUCCACACCUCCAUGUCUUAGUUUUGGACCCCUGUUCAUUUUCAUUCUGUAUGGUGGCCUCACUGCUGGAGGAGGUCCUUUUCAACUUACUAGUAUCUGUAAUUAUACUACACAAUUGAGUCCAGAUUUAUCCUGCAGGAGCCUGAAACGUGAGGAGGGACACAGUUAUAUCUCCUUUUUAGAUACUAAUGUCUGCCGUGCACAAUCGCCUGUGUGGCAAGUGUGAGGUUGUGAGUUCGAUCCCUGGUACCAAAAAGUAAAAAAAAAAAAGUAUCUAGAUACUGAGGCUGUGAGGCGAUACAGCACUUUCUCUUCAAGGGGAAACAAAAAGAAAAAAUUCAAAAAGGAAUUGUACACAGUACACUUUUCUGAGCUUACAGAACUCUCCCAAUCUCCCAGUAACUCCUUGGUCCUGAUAGGUUAAUCCAGUUCUAGAAGCACUACACCAAUCCACCCCUGGACUGUCAGAUGGGAUUCCUGGUUGUAGCCUGCAGUGUGGGCCACAGAACCCCAGUGCUGUUUGCUUUAAUAAUCGUUAAGCCAUAUCAUCUAAGGUUUCUGGCUUGUUUGAGAUGUGAAUUUGUUUUAUAGAUUAUAAAUAUACAUAUACAGUGUAUGUAUAAAGCAGAAUGCCUGUCCUGAUUAUUUUUUGUACCAUAUUGUAAAUUAUAUUAUUUAUUCUUUACCAAUUUUGGGAAUAAAAGGUGUUUUGGUUAUUUAAUAUAAUAAAAGCUGGUAAACUGUAAAUUUCCAGUGCAACUUGUAAAUGUUUUUAUUGUGCAUAAAUACAUACUAAUACUUGAUUUAACAA